CCUGGGUGUAGUCCGCGGGACGGGGUUUGUGCGGGACUCGUGCGGGAGGACGGAGACGAGAACAGACGGAACCUCCAGCUCAGCGGCCGAACCCGCGGAACCGAGCCCAGCCGAGCAGAGCCGACCCCCGGACGCGGAGGAACCGGAGUAACCGACCCAGACCAGACCGAGCCGCGCAGCCGCAGUUCGGGCAGCAUGGUUCUGACCCGGACUCUGGUCCGGACUCUGAUCCGGACCCUGGCCGCGUGCACGUGCCUGGCUGCGUGCGCGUCCGCCGCCAUGGACGAGUGCGGGGACGAGCGCGGGAGCGCGCAGCGCUGCAUGCCGGAGUUCGUGAACGCGGCGUUCAACGCCACGGUGCGGGCCAGCAACACCUGCGGGUCCCCGCCCGAGGAGUACUGCGUCCAGACCGGGGCCACCGGCGUCACCAAGUCCUGCCACAUCUGCGACGACCGCCAGGGCCCGCACCGGCACGGGCCCGCCUUCCUCACCGACUACAACAACCAGCAGGACGCCACCUGGUGGCAGAGCCAGAGCAUGCUGGCCGGGGUGCAGUACCCGGGAUCCAUUAACCUGACGCUGCACCUGGGUAAGGCCUUCGACAUCACCUACGUGCGGCUCAAGUUCCACACCAGCCGGCCCGAGAGCUUCGCCAUCUACAAGCGCACCAGCGAGGCGGGGCCCUGGGUGCCGUACCAGUACUACAGCGGCUCCUGCGAGAAGACCUACCAGAAGCAGAACCACGGCUUCAUCCGCACCGGCGAGGACGAGCAGCAGGCGCUCUGCACCGACGACUUCAGCGACAUCUCGCCGCUCACCGGCGGCAACGUGGCCUUCAGCACGCUGGAGGGCCGGCCCAGCGCCUACAACUUCGACAACAGCCCGGUGCUGCAGGACUGGGUGACGGCCACCGACAUCAGGGUGACCCUGAACAGGCUCAACACCUUCGGGGACGAGGUCUUCAACGACCCCAAGGUCCUCAAGUCCUACUACUACGCCAUCUCCGACUUCGCCGUGGGGGGAAGGUGCAAGUGUAACGGCCAUGCUAGCGAGUGCGUGCGGGACAACGGGGGACGGCUGGUCUGCAACUGCAAACACGACACGGAGGGCGUCGACUGCGGCGUCUGCAAACCGUUCUACAACGACCGGCCCUGGCGCCGCGCCACGGCCGACAACGCUAACGAGUGUCUGGCCUGUGACUGUAACGGCCGGAGUCAGGAGUGUGAGUUUGAUGCCGAGCUCUACCGGGCCACGGGCCGCGGCGGCCGCUGCCGCGGUUGCUCCGGCAACACGGACGGGCCGCACUGUGAGCGCUGCCUGGACCAGUUCUACCGGGACCAGGAGGGCGGGCCCUGCCGGGCCUGCAGCUGCAGCCCCGUCGGAUCCGAGUCUCCCCAGUGUGACAGCAGAGGUGUGUGUCCCUGUAAACCCGGAGUGACCGGAGAGAAGUGCGACCGCUGCCAGCCGGGAUUCCACAGUCUGACGGAGGCCGGCUGCAGACCCUGCUCCUGCUCCCCCUCCGGCAGCACCCAGGAGUGUGACGUGGGCUCGGGUCAGUGCCGCUGCAAGGACAACGUGGAGGGUUUCAGCUGCGACAGGUGCAAGCUGGGAUACUUCAACCUGGACCCCCACAACCCGCAGGGCUGCACCCCCUGCUUCUGCUUCCAGCACUCGUCCGUCUGCGCCAGCGCCGAGGGCUUCAGCGUGACGACCGUCAGCUCCGCCUUCGACCGAGGGGACGAGCAGUGGACGGGCCAGCAGAGGGACGGGUCCCCCGUCCCGGUCCAGUGGUCCCCCGCCGGCCGGGAACUGUCCCUGGUCUCCGAGGAUUACCUGCCCAUGUACUUCGUAGCUCCAGAGAAGUUCCUGGGGAACCAGAUGUUGAGCUACGGGCAGAACCUGAGCCUGGACUUCCGGGUGGAGCGUCGGGACACCCGGCUGUCGGCCGAGGACCUGAUCCUGGAGGGGGCCGGGCUGCGUCUGUCGGUGCCGCUCAUCGCCCAGGGCAACGCCUACCCCAACGAGAACAAGCAGACCUACGUGUUCAGGCUCCACGACAGCACCGACUACCCCUGGAGACCGGCCAUCAGCCACGCCGACUUCCAGAAGCUGCUGCACAACCUGACGGCCAUAAAGAUCCGGGGCACCUACAGCGAGAGGAGUGCCGGCUACCUGGACGACGUGUCCCUGGUGACGGCCCGGAGGGGCCCCGGGGAGCCGGCCCGCUGGGUGGAGCAGUGCACCUGCCCCCAGGGCUACCAGGGCCAGCACUGUGAGCAGUGCACCCUGGGAUACCGCCGCGCGCAGCCCGAGCUCGGGGCCUUCAGCACCUGUGAGCCGUGUAACUGCAACGGACACAGCGACGCCUGCCAGCCCAACACCGGAGCCUGUGACUGCCAGCAUCACACCGCCGGCCUGAGCUGCGAGCGCUGCCAGGACGGUUUCUACGGCGACGCCACGCAGGGCACGUCGUCGGACUGCCAGCCGUGUCCCUGCCCGGCCGGAGCCACGUGUGCCGUCGUCCCCAGCACCAGGGAGGUGGUGUGCACCAACUGCCCCGCCGGGACCACAGGGAAGCGCUGCGAGCUCUGCGACGACGGCUUCUUCGGCGACCCGCUGGGCCAGAACGGGCCGGUCCGGACCUGCCGCGCCUGCAAGUGCAGCGACAACAUCGACCCCAACGCCGUCGGCAACUGCAACCGCGAGACGGGCGAGUGCCUCAAGUGCAUCUACAACACCGCCGGCUUCUUCUGCGACCGCUGCAAGGACGGUUUCUACGGCAACGCCCUGGCCGCCAACCCCGCCGAGAAGUGCCGGCCGUGCGCCUGCUCUCCGCUCGGCACCCAGGGUCAGCAGAGCGGCUGCUCCCAGGGCACCGGCCAGUGCCCGUGUCUGCCCAACGUGGCGGAGCGCGACUGCAGCGCCUGCCAGCCCGGAUUCUUCAACCUGCGGAGCGGCACCGGCUGCGAGCGGUGCAACUGCAACGCCAUCGGCUCCACCAACGGCCAGUGUGACAUCACCACGGGGCAGUGCGAGUGCCAGCCCGGCGUCGCCGGCCUGCAGUGCCAGCGCUGCGAGGUCAACUUCUUCGGCUUCGGCUCGUCGGGAUGCAAACCCUGCGACUGCGACCCGGAAGGCUCCCAGGCGGGUCAGUGCCGGGACGACGGCCGCUGCGAGUGCCGGCCCGGCUUCGUCGGCGCCCGCUGCGACAUGUGCGAGGAGAACUACUUCUACAACCGCUCGGCGCCGGGAUGCCAGCAGUGCCCGUCCUGCUACGGGCUCGUCCGGGACAAGGUGAACCAGCAGAGGCAGAAACUUCACGAGAUCCAGACCCUGCUCGACAACCUGGGCUCGGGUCAGGACACCGUCACCGACGAGGCCUUCGAGGCCCGGCUCAAGGAGGCCGAGAAGGCCAUCAUGGACCUGCUGGACGAGGCCAAGGCCAGCAAAGAUGUGGACCGGGGCCUGCUGGACCGCCUGGGCGCCAUCAACAACACCCUGACGACGCAGUGGAACCGCCUGCAGAGCAUCCGGACCACGGUGGACGACACCGGCGCCAAGGCCGACCAGGCCCGCAACCGGGUCCGGGACGCCGAGAGCCUGAUCGACCGAGCGCGGCAGGAGCUGGACAAGGCCAAGGACGCCGUCGGUAAAGUGGACAUCAAGGCGCCCGGCGGAACCGGAGAACCCAACAACAUGACGCUGCUGGCGGAGGAGGCCCGGCGGCUCGCCGACAAGCACAAGAUGGACGCCGACCAGAUCGAGAAGAUCGCCAAGGACGCCAACGACACGUCCACCAAGGCCUACAACCUGCUGCUGAAGACGCUGGACGGGGAGGGGAAGACGAGCCAGGAGCUGGACGAGCUCAACAAGAAGUACAACGAGGCGAAGGACCUGGGCAAGAACCUGGAGAAACAGGCCAACAAGGUGAAGGCGGAGGCCGAGGAGGCCGGGAACAAGGCGCUGCAGAUCUUCGCCAACCUCACCAGCCUGCCGCCGGUCGACACCAAGGCCCUGCAGGACGAAGCGGACAAGAUCCGGAAGGAGGCGUCGGACCUGGACAAGCUGAUCGACAAGACGGAGAAGGAGUACGGAGACCUGAGGGACGACCUGAAGCCCAAGGAGCUGGAGGUGCGGAAGCUGCUGGAGAAGGGCAAGAGCGAGCAGCAGACGGCCGACCAGCUGCUGGCGCGAGCCGACGCCGCCAAGGCGCUAGCCGAAGAGGCGGCUAGCAAGGGCCGCUCCACCUUCAGGGAGGCGGAGAGCAUCCUGGACAACCUCAGAGACUUCGACCGGAGGGUCAACGACAACAAGACUGCGGCGGAGGAGGCCCUGAAGAUGAUCCCCGCCAUCAACGCCACCAUCCGGGCGGCGGUGGAGAAGACCCGGCAGGCGGAGGCCGCCCUGGGCAACGCCGCCGCCGACGCCCGCGACGCCAAGGACAAGGCGCAGCAGGCCGAGAAGAUCGCCACCGACGUGCAGAAGGGCUCGGCCAGGACCAAGGAGGAGGCGGAGAAGGCGUUGCAGAACACCACCAAGCUGGAGCAGGAGGUCAACGACAUGAUGGGUCAGCUGAGCGCCGCCGAGGCGGAGCUGCAGAAGAAGAAGCUGGAGGCCGACAACGACAUGAUGAUGGCCGGCAUGGCGUCGGACAGCGCCAAGGAGGCGGAGGACAACGCCCGCAAAGCCAAGAACACGGUGAAGACGGUGCUGAAGCUCAUCACCUCGCUGAUGGACCAGCUGGGAAACAUCGACAAGGUGGACCUGAGCAAGCUGAACGAGAUCGAGGAGUCGCUGCGGCGCGCCAAGGGCAGCAUGGCGGCCGGCGAGCUGGACAGGAAGCUGGCGGAGCUGACGGACGUGGCGACCACGCAGGACGAGAUGAUCCGCGACUACGACAGCCAGAUCAAGGAGAUCCGCGCCGACAUCGCCAACCUGGUGGACAUCAAGAACACGCUACCCGAAGGCUGCUUCAACACGCCGUCCCUGGAGAGGCCCUAGCCCCGCCCCCGGCCCCGCCCCCUCCCCCGACCCCCCACUCACGUCUAACACUCGGCUAACCGGCCAACUUUUACCAAAACUACUUUUUUACUCUCAGAUUCUCUUUGCCAACGAUUCAGCCGCGUUCAGGAGGGAAGCCGCUGCGUGUAGCUUUCAGGAGACGCGGCGAAGGACCUCAGCGGCGCCGAGAAGCCGCAGCAACCAGAACCACAGACCCCAUGUGACUGCAGCCGUCUGCUCCGCGCAGGAAGUGCGGGCGUGGCUCCGCCCCCUUCAGGCCACGCCCACAUGUGAAGGAAGCUCCUCCCACAGCGCCGCUCCCGCCUCAGCAGGGAAACGCCCCACGCCUGCCCGUCAGUAUUGUCUCUCCACCUCUCUCACCUCCAGCAGGCGCUGGUGAAACCCUCUUCACCCGCCCCCGAGUCCCAGAGACCGUGAGGUUCUGGUCCAGUUCCGGUUCUGGCCAUUUUUUGGUCCAGUACUGGUCUGUUUUUGGUUCGGUUCGGCUCCAGGUCCAGUUCUGGUACUUUUUUUUUGGUCCAGUUCCGGUUCUGGUCUGCAGGCUUUUUAAAGGUUGCUGAGACUUUUCCUGGGAAGUUGAGCGGGAACAUUUUUAUGGUCCGUUUCCAGUCCGUUGGUGUCGUUUGGUUGUCAUGGCAACGAAUAGGGCUGGGCGAUAUGGACCAAAAGUCAUAUCUCGAUAUUUUCUAGCUGAAUGGCGAUACUCGAUAUAUAUCUCGAUAUUUUUUCUGUGCCAUAAUUGGGGUUUCCCCCAAAUCAUUAUAGCAUAGCAUCUCUGUUAGCUUCAUUUUUUUCUGAGGCAAACCCUUAAAAAAACAGUCAGUUUUAAUACAAAGCCUCGUGUCAAAUGUCACACAGGUUCCUUUAUUAACAGAGGUCUGCACAAUAUCAAAAUGUAUAAAACAAAUGAAAUAAAAAUAAACUGCCUGCAUAUAUAGAAUAAAAAUGAUUCUUGAAUAAAAUAAAACAAAUAUCUCUUUCCUGCAUAACAAUUAAAUUAAAAUACACUGUAAUUAAUACAAUGUAGACAGUAACAGGCAGACUUUUCCACUGAGGUUGACAGUUGUGCAAAUAACAAAACAUUUGUGCAAAUCUCAAAUAAAACAUUCAAGUCAAUAUCACAAAAUAAGCUAUAUCAAAAUCAUUAAAAAAAAAUGUAAAAAAAAAUAUAUAUAUAUUUUUUUUUUAAAUCGAUAUAAACGAUAUUGUCUCGUACCAUAUGGCGUUUGAAAAUAUAUCGAUAUAUAUUAAAAUCUCGAUAUAUCGCCCAGCCCUAGCAACGAAUGUUUGAUGUUUCCCGUUAAUUCCCCGGAAAAAAGUUUCCAAAGUUCACGUUUAGACGAGAACCCGGUGCAGAACCUGAGACCUGGAACCUGGACCUGGACCUGGACCUGGAACCUGGAACCUGGACCUGGACCUGAAACCUGGAACCUGGACCUGGACCUGGACAGUAACCGAGCUGUUGCCGGGAUACGAGUCCCUCUGGACCCGGUUCUUCCCGGGCCGGAUCACCGGACCUCCUCGUGGGCCUUCGGGGCGCCGCCACGUUUUUCUCGCUACCGCUCAGACGCCGCCAAGCCACGCCCACUUCCUUCCCCCGCGCUAACACCCGCUUCCUUCCCGGCUAAACCGACACUAUGCAACUUUGUACAUUUUACCUGAUACACUGGUGCUAAUAAUUAUUUCAAAUGUUAUAUUUUUGUGUGAAUGUUUUUUAUUAUUAUGAUGAUGCAGAGUGACGAGUUUAUCUGUGUAAAUAUACGAUUCAGGACCCAUGUAUCACCUGAGGGGGGGGCGCCCCCCCGACCCCGACACGCCCCCAGUGGCCUUGACACUCCCCUAGCGGUCCGUACCGCCCCGACACUCCCCCACCGGCACUGACACUCCCCCGGGGCUCGUACCCGCCCCCAGCCCCCCCCCGACCACUGCGGUGCCCCCGCCUGCUGCCUUAUAGCGACGCCUUUACGUUUGUGUUGUAUUGAUUUUGUGGAUUUCCAGGAGGAAGCGGACCGAACCCUUGUGGGGUUCCGACCCGCUAGGAGUGGACGCCGCGGGCGCGCUAGUGUUCUCGUUUGUGCCUUAAGGUGGACCACUUCCUGUGUGGGAACUGCAGCAGGUUCUUCUUCAGAGAACCCGGUCCCUGAUCCAGAACCUGGUCCGGCAGGUCCGGGGCGCCGGCUGCCCGGUCCCGGGUCCCGGUCCCGGUCUCGUCCCCGCGGCCGUCAUGUAAACAGUGUUUUAAGUUAUAUCGUACCAGUUCCUCCAGCUCUGGCGGGUGACGCAGCAGCUGGACGCCCCCGUGUGGGCCACGCCCCCGUGUGGGCCACGGCCCCUUAGGCCACGCCCCCGGGGCGGUCAUCUGUCCAGCUCUCAGGACCCGCCUGUUUGAGGACCCUGUUUGUCCGCCUGCCUGUAAAUCCAAACUUAACAUUUCAAUAAUAAAAGAACGUACUACAGGA